AGUCAGCGUGGUGCCCCUCUGUCUGUACUUCUUACUGUCUGUCUCUGGGUUUCAGGUCUUUGAAAGCGAUGCUGGAGGCCAAUCGUGCGCCCUGCCUCCCAGGAGCACCGAGAGGCUGGACGUGCUGACGAGUAUAUACUCCAUGUCGCCCCCCGAGGGCGGUCUUUGGGACAGCGUCAGCAGUGCCGCAGAUGCGCUGAUGUGCGUGUACAUGCCAGACGGCCUGACGGUCCAAGUUCCCAUCAGAAGAGAGCAGGCAGCUGCUGACCUUCUCUGUGCAGCGUGCAAGGUGAAACAGCUGGACCCGGGCGCGCACUGCCUCCGUCUGCACAGGCGAGCGGGGCAGCACGUGGAGGUUCGAUACGUGGCUCCCGGAGAGCUCCUCCGUGAUGUGGUCAACGAUCAGUUGGAGGUGGUCCCGGCGAAUGUGUUUACGCUGCACAUGAGCAGGCGGAGCGGCAGCGGCGACUUGGGUUUUGCAGUGACAGGAUACGCAGACGGCCAGAAGAACAGCAGGGUUUUUGUCAGCGAAGUGCUCCCUGACGGCCUGGCCUUCAACGAAGGUCUGCGUCCUGGCGAUGAGAUCCUGGUCCUGAAUGGUCGGUGCGUCCCCGGUCUGGACCUGGCGUUGAUCCAAACGCUGUUUGCUGAACAAACUGUGCACCUGAGCCUGAGGCGGGAGGGCCCCGUGCUGCCACCUGUGACCUCUGACCAUCUGGCUCCUCCCACUAAACACAGCCAGGAAGUUCGAAGUAAACACCACCGAGCCAAGUCGUCCUCAGAUGUUUGUACUGCAGCUGGCGGUGGCGAAUCUCCGUACGUAGGACUGGAGGAUGGUCGCUCCCACUGCGCACACAGGCCCGUUCAGCACAGCAAGGUAGGAGGGGCCCGAGUGCGACAAAAAAGACGUGUAAACAUCCACGCUCUGUCUUUCCUCAGGUCUGUGUGA